AAGAGGACAAAACAGUUGAAGGGUUAUCUACCACACUUAACCAGUGGUUGCAAACCCUUUCAGGAUGUGAUGUGUCAGUUAGUUUUCUCUCCUCUCUCUACUGCAAGCUCACAGACAUGCCUGUGAAUGAUCCGAUCAGAAAGAGUUCAUCUGCCAUUGAAGGAAGAACCAGAGUCAUGGUAUCCAGUCUUGCAUUACCCAUGUGCACCUUAUUUUUCCUCUUGACCUAUCCAGACAUAAUAUGGGGAGAAGCACUCAAGCCUGCAGCAGCCUCACCAAUUAUCCACAAUAAGCCAUUCAUUGUGGUCUGGAACACGCCUACUGCACAAUGUAAAACUAAGUUUAACAUUGAGUUGGAUCUGAGUGUUUUUGAUAUUGUUGAAAAUGAACAUGAGAGCUUUGUGGGGAAAAAUAUUACUAUAUUCUAUAAGUUAAAAUUGGGUCGUUACCCAUUCUACACUAAGGAAUUGAUUCCAGUGAAUGAUGGCCUUGUCCAGAUUGCCAGUCUGACUGAACACCUCAAGAAGGCUGCAGAAGACAUUAAUAAUUUACUAGAUGUGCACUUUCAUGGUCUUGCUGUGAUAGAUUGGGAAGAAUGGCGACCACUCUGGGACCGUAACUGGGGAUUUAUGGAUAUCUACAGGAAAAAAUCUGAAGAAUUGGUUAGAAGCAAAUUCCCCUAUUUACCUGAAAGGAAGGUUGUCCAGUUAGCCAUAGAAGAAUUUGAAAAUGCUGCAAAAAAAUUUAUGAGUGAAACACUAAAACUAGGACAGAAACUGAGACCAAAGGGAUUCUGGGGCUUCUAUAAAUUCCCAGAAUGCUACAAUUACUUUAAAGAGGAUGCACCAACCAAUUACACAGGCCACUGCAAUCCAAAAGAUGUUCAAAGAAAUAGCCAGCUAUCGUGGCUCUGGAAAGUAUCACGAAUCCUGUAUCCCAGCAUCUACAUCAAAAAGGAUAUGAAGUCCACAAUUAAUACUCAAAAAUUUGUUCACUAUCAAAUUAAGGAGGCCCUCCGUACUGCUGCCCUUAAUCAAGUCAGUGAAUCCCUGCCUGUUUUGGCAUAUGCCAGAUUUGUGUAUAUACAUUCACUUGACUUCCUUACUGAGGCAGACUUGAUACACACCAUUGGGGAGAGUGCUGCCAUGGGAACUUGUGGAGUGGUUCUAUGGGGGGACAUGGCCAUCUCACGCACCAGGGGGAGAUGUGAAGCACUUAAAGAUUACCUUGAUCAGGAGCUUGGAAGAUAUGUUCUCAAUACAACUUUAGCUGCUACAUUAUGCAGCAAAGUUAUGUGCAGUGGCCAUGGACGAUGUGUGCGGCAAGACCCUGAAUCCCAAAGCUAUCACCAUCUCAGUCCCAGAAGCUUUGAGAUUAUCUCUGCUCUUACAUCCUCUGGCUCUGCAUUAACAGCCCGUGGAGCCUUGAAUUUGGAAGAUGUGCAAAGCAUGAAAGAGCAGUUCAAAUGCCACUGCUAUAAGGGAUGGAUGGGAGCUCAUUGCCAAGAAACAUCAUUAAUAUAGUGAGAAAUCAGUAGUUGUUUAUCCUCCCCAUUUUUUAAUUCUUGGAAAUGGUAAUUCAUAUUUAAUACAAUCAUGUGCCUUACAUUUUUAUCUGUGUCAAUAUGUACUAAGUUUUCAAAGUCAGUGAUCGGACUUAAUGGAAACACCUCAGCACCAACUGUAAUUUGUAAACAAUUAUUGUAAUAUUAAUGCAAAAUUGCAUCAGUGAAACCACACGCCUGCUGAGUGAGCAAAUCUCUGAUCACACUUUCAUGGAACGCAAUAUAUGAUCUUUCUACAAGGUUUGCUCCUUAAUGAUUGGCAUUAAAAAUGGUUCACAAUGCAAUUUUAUUAUUAUCUGGAGGAAAGAGUAAGUACUGUAAUCACAAGACAAAAUCAGUUUGAAACUUGACAGAUAAAUAUCGUAGACACUUCAGAAUAGCUGUGUUUCUUUCAAGUUACCACUUGUAAUGGCAGAUGAGUACCUCGCUAUUGACUCAAUGUUGUCUAGAUUUCAGCAGUUGCUAAUAAAGUUGGAAGUUACAAUGGUC